UUCUUUUUCUUUUGUGAAAGUAAGCAGUAGUAAAAUUCAACUUACCACUAUUUUCUUAUACCUAGUCAAUGCCUUAUUAAUGCUUAUGCUUUUAGUCUUUUAAAACGGCAAAUAAAAAGUUUACGACCCAUUUCGUUGGUCAGUAACUACAUGCAAUCCAUCCUUAAAAUAUAGUAUAUAAAAGAAACAAUUCUUUUUACCUUUUUAAAUGCAAGUUCAAUAGUCACUAGUCACUCAUUUCUUUGGUUCGUCUCAGUGAAAACUUUAUAGGUAGUCAAAAUCCAGAAAACGUGUUGACUCGCGUCUCAUAAUAUAUAUGCUACUAACUAAGCUAGUAAGCAACGACUCUCUUCUUCUUCCCUCUCCCUCUCUCACCUAACCUCGCAAGCAAAAUAAAACAUCUUUCGAUUAGGUCUAAAAAUGGCGUCAAAGAAGGCAAGAAAACAAAAACGAGCUGAGAAGAAAAUAAAAAGAACCCAUUUCAAGAAACAACUUCCACAACACAAGAACACCGACAAAACUACUAUUCUCGAUCAUACUUCUUCAUCUACUGCUGUCUCUCCAUGUUCUUCCAUAACGACGUCGUUAGCUCCGCAAGAUUCAAGCUACUCUGCUCCCUCUCCUUCUCCGGCGGUGUUGACGUCACCAGAUGAAGGUGGCGGCGAUGGUUGUUGUACCCCGAAAGCUCAGAAGUCUCGGAUACCGGAGAUACUGACGUGUCCACCAGCGCCGAAGAAGCAAAGAGUCUCAAAGAACUGCGUGUUACGGCGGAGACAGAUCGUUUUCUUUGCUCCUGCGGAGAUAGAGCUCUUCUUCGUCAAAGCAUGCGAUUGACGAACUUAUCUGAACUAAUAUUUGUAGUAUUUUUUCGUUAUUUGUGAUACGAUCGAUCGAUAGAGAAAGUAGUAUGAGAAGAUGAGUCACGUUUCAUCUCUUUGAUUUUGUUAAUACAAUAACGAAGGGUGUAUUAUAAUGUUUUGAGUGAUGUUUUUAUUUUUCUUAUUAUUUUGUUUUGUUUAACAUUUUCUUCCUUUGGCGCUUGUUUUUUUGGAUUAAUUUGAAUGAAGUCGAUUUGAGUUU